AUGUCAUCGGAAGAAAACGCCAUUGGAAUCGAUUUGGGGUCGACAUAUUCAUGUGUCGGAGUCUGGCAAAAUGAUAGAGUUGAAAUUAUUGCCAAUGACCUGGGUAAUCGUACGACGCCUUCAUAUGUCGCUUUCACCGAAACAGAACGUCUUAUUGGAGAUGCUGCUAAAAAUCAAGCUAGCAUUAACCCUCAGAACACUGUAUUUAACGCUAAACGUCUCAUUGGUCGUAGUUUUAACGACCAUGAAAUUAAAAUUGAUUUAGAGCACUGGCCAUUCAAAGUUAUUGAAAAGAAUGAGAAUCCAUAUAUUCAAGUAAAAUUCAAAGGCGAAAGGAAGAAUUUCACACCCAUAGAGAUUUCUUCUAUGAUAUUAAUAAAGAUGAAGAAAACCGCAGAAUCUUUUCUAGGUUCAAAAGUUAGUAAUGCCGUGAUAACGUCGCCAGCUUGCUUCAAUGAUUCUCAACGUCAAGCGAUAAAAGAUGCAUGUGAAAUCGCUGGUUUGAAGGUAUUACGCAUAAUUAACGAGGCAACUGCGGCAGCUAUCGCUUAUGGUUUGGACAAGAAACAUGAUGGUGAACGAAACGUUCUCAUUUAUGAUUUAGGUGGUGGUUCUUUUGAUGUUUCACUUCUAACUAUCGAAGAUGGAAUUUUCGAAGUGAAAGCCGUUGCUGGUGACACGCACCUUGGUGGUGAAGAUUUUGACAAUCGACUUGUAAAUCAUUGCGUGCAAAAAUUCCAACGUAAAUAUAAAAAAGAUCUUACAACAAAUGCACGAUCAUUCCAACGAUUAAGAAUUGCUUGUGAGCAAGCUAAGCGUGAACUUUCAUUUUCAUUACAAACUUGUAUUAAAAUAGACUCUCUUUUCGAGGGUAUAGAUUUCUAUACCAACUUAACGCGUGCUAAAUUUGAACAAUUGAAUCGAAGCUUGUUUCAGAAUACGAUGGAACCUAUUGAAAAAGUACUACGAGAUUCUAGAAUCGACAAAAGUCAAAUUCAUGAGAUCGUCCUAGUCGGUGGUUCAACACGCAUUCCAAAGAUUCAAAAAAUGGCCAUGGCAUAUGGUGCUGCCAUUCAAGCCGCUAUUUUAUCUGGUGAUACUUCAGAAAAAACUCGAGAUUUUCUUUUACUCGAUGUCACCGCUUUAUCUCUUGGUUUCGAAACUUCCGGUGAUGUCAUGAUGCCGCUUAUAAAGCGUAAUACAACUAUACCUACUAAGAAAUCAGAAAUUAUAUCAAAUUCUGAUAAUCAACAAGAAGUAAUGAUUCAUAUUUAUGAAGGUGAACAUGCCCGUAUUAAAGACAAUAACUUUCUUGGUAAAUUCGAAUUAACUGGAAUUCCGACAGCACCAAGAGGUUUGCCGCAAAUUGAAGUCACAUUUGAUAUUGAUGUCUCCGCUGUUGAUAUAAUGACUGGAAGAUCGAACAAAAUAACCAUCACGAAUGACAAAGGUCGUUUGUCAAGGAAUGAAGUCGCACGUAUGGUUGCUGAAGCCAAGCUUUAUCUCGAAGAGGAUGAGAAAGUUGCCCAAAAAAUACGGGCACGAAAUCGGUUAGAAAGUUAUGUGUUUGAGUUAUGUAACACACUUUAUGAUCAGAAACUUGCUAUGAAUCAACUUGAAGAUCAAAUCGAAAAGUCAAUUACAUUGCUUGAAAAUAACAAACAUGUAGGAAAGGAGGAAUAUGAUAAUAUACAGAGGUCACUUGAACAAAGUGUCGACCAAAUAGUAACGCGGUGGCGUUGA